UUACACGUGAAAUGGUUGAGCAGUAAAUCACUAACAACGAUUAAAUUAAGUUCGGGUGAAGAAUCUAACUCGGUGUCGACUGGGGAUUGGACUUUUGUUCGUAGUGAUACUAGUUUGGUGGCAUUUACGAAAGAUUCCGGUGGAAGUUUCAGAGUUACAAAACAGUACGACAAUGUUUUCAAUACACCGCACUACUAUAGAUUUUUUCCUUGGACUGUGUGUCAGAUGAAAAGUGAUGGAAAGUUUGUUCUGGUUGUGCGCGAUCGAGAAGGAAUGGCCUCGUACGAGUUGUUGGAGAAGGGAAAAGUGGAAAUGCGGAUUGGGAUGGCUGAUGUUGCAGCUGAGAAAUUUGAAGAAGAUACACCAGAAAACACUGUUAUAAUCAUAAAUCUGCAAAAAUCCGACGGGAUUUUGGUGAAAAUCACUGAGUAUGGAGUUCAGCAAAUGUACAAGCUAAAUCUAGCGACAAGGAAUAAAAUAUUGGCCCAAGUAGGUACAGGAGACGAAACGAACUAUUUGGAGGCUGCUGGAGCAUCUGAUUAUCAUUUUUUUCGUGUUGCGGGAAACAAGUUUAUCGGGUAUACUUUGAACAGCAAUUUUGAUGAAAAUGAGUCUGUUAUUGCGGACAAAAUCGAAGUCCAGGUUCCGCUAAAGGUGUUGCAGGUAUAUGCUACAAAGCUGGAGUCACUAAACGUGUACUUGUUUGCCAGUACGCUUGGAUUGUAUGUUUACAAAUUGGAGCAGAAACUAUUGAAGCAUGUUUGCUUCAAUCAACAUUUCUCAGCAAACGAAGGGUGGACUAUGGAUCACUGGAAAACCGUAAAGAUUGUUCAUGUCAACUCGUAUCCUCACCUCGUAUUUACCGGUCCUAAAGGGGUAGGAGUGUGCAGAAUAUCCGAAAGCUGUGAAAACGUCAGGAUUCUUGAUGCUGAGUUUCCUAUCGAGCAAAGACACGGAACAGUUCUAGCAGCUAAUUUGUUAUCUGAUGGAAAGUUGGAAUUACUUAGUUUGAACAGUAACUCAAUUGAUUCUAUCACGGUGAGUGUUAAGGAACCUGCCAAGACCGUUACAACAGCUGAAAAGCCAAUCGUAAUUCCCAACUAUUCGUCCAUGAUCAGCCUCGAUACCAGAUUCCAUUUAACUAACCAACCUCCGGUUAAACCGUCCCUCUGGCUCGGUGAAACACUGGACACCGCUUCGAUCGCGGAUGGGGUCGAUCGGACCACGGGACAGCUGAGCUUCACCCUUCCAAUCAUCGAUCUGCGCUCCAAGUUUGGCGUUCCGAUUCGGCAUACGUUCUACUUCAACCAACCGGAAGAUGGCACCGGAGUGGACCCUGGAAUGCUGGGAAAGUACUGGAGCCGAUCGAUGGACUUUAUCUACGUGGACAGGAAGGACACGGUGUUUGAGGACGAAUUUGAGUAUUUUUUGGUCAGCGAUGGGACGAAAGUGAAGUUGGAGUGGGUGAGGAGUGAUGGUGGGAAGGAGGUGUUUAAAUUUGAAGACACUGUUAUGAAAUAUCACAAGAAUGGUGAUUCUGGCAUGUGGGAAGUUAUUACGAAGGAUCUUGUAUGCUGGUAUGGGGAAAGUGAGAGUUCGAUCCGCUGGACUCUGGGCUGGCCCAACUGGAAUGGUAAAGGAGCUGAUGAAGGAAGUGUUCUGAAACGUCCUCUGGAGUGGCAUUUGAGCAGUGCGAAAUCUGCUGUAGGGGAUUCAGUGGUUCAAUAUGAGUAUACAAGUGAAGUGGUCACUGUUAAUGAUAAGGUCCAUUAUACCAAAGAUAUAGUUUUGAAAACAAUUGAAGACAAAGCAGCAGGCAUUUCAAUCAACUUUCACUAUCAACUGAUUGAAAAAUCAAAAGAAACUGCAAGGGAAGCAUCCAAAUUGAAUGUAGUAUUCGAAGACACAAGGCAAUUAUCUGGAUUCAAUCUCGAAACAAAUGACUUUAUUCAGAAUGUAACGAUUCAAUAUUCAAGUGAAAUGUUUCUCACAAAAAUAUCUGGUGAUUCCAAAGAUAUAAUAACAUUUGUUUAUAAUAAUUCAAAAGUGACAAAAAUCAAUCUUCCCUCAGGCGUAGACAUUAAUUACACUUAUGAAACUCUUACUUUGAGCAAAGAUCAUUUAGCGAAGAAGUUUAAAGACACAACUAUUUUAUUUCCAGGACCAUCUUAUACUAUUGUAUCUCGUGUAGAGGGUAACAGUACCAUAAUUAUUCAGCUCCUAGAUGUAAAUGCAUCCGAGGACAUGGCUAUGGAAGUGACACUAAGCGUAAAGUUAACUGAAGAUAUUACAAAUUUGAACGUAUUGACCCAACAAAAAUAUUUUAUUUUGAAUGUAAAGUCCAAAAACAAAAACACUGUAGUAAUUUACAUGAAAAAUGAAAAUACUGGCAAAUGGAUGCAGAAGUUUAUGCAAGACUAUCAAGAAUUUGGGAAUGUGAUUGCAACAGAAAACUAUUGGAUUAUUAUAGCUAAAAACAGGAACGGAUUUAUUCAACUGUUUUAUUUUAAAAUCGACUAUACCAAGUUUCAAUAUACCAUAUAUGAUAAGGAAUUGAGGACUCAAUCAAGUUACGGCAUAACAUUUAUUCACAAAGGUAUAGUUUACUACUGCAAUAAUGGGGUGUACGUUUUGCGCCUUUUAAAGACGUUUCACGAAAUUCAGAUCAGUAAGGUAGAUUAUGUUUCAAGAAUUAAGUCUACACUAGAUCAACUUGAUAUUCCUUCAUAUCCGGAUGAGAAACAGGAAAAUGUUGAAUGCUACAGACAAAGCUUGGAGAAGCAACUUUUAAACGAUAUAAUCGUGUUUAAAAAUAUUGUUAUCGUUAGGGAACUAAUGCUGACAGGCCCUAAAUUGGAAGCAGUUCUGAAUAUAUUUACAUUAGAUGCCUAUUAUAAAGUGACUUCAAUGUCUAUAAAAAUACCAGGAGGAAUUGAUUUGGAGGAGUGGAAAUUGAGGUUAUCUGUUAAACCUAACUAUUACGAACAUGAUUUUAUGUUUAAAUUUGAACACAACAAUUGGAAGUGGACACUAACAGUUAAAGAGCAUACAACAAGCGAACCAAAUCGAGAGAAGUUUGAAAGGUUCGUUUUGGGUUUUCUAAAGCUUCCUCUGGAUUUUGAGCAGUUCAAUUUAUUCCAAGCUGGUGAUGCAGUUAUUUGCAAUUCAUACAAAUUAUUCUUCGAUGGUCAAAGAUUUAAAACGGAACCAAUACCAGUCGAGGAGACCAAAAUUAAGAAACUAAACCUACAAAUUGCGAAGCGGAUAUGGAUGAGGAAGGAUUCAACCGAUGGGGAUGUACAGUUGAUUGUUGAAAAUGGCGUAACGAAGUCCCUGUUGGUUAGUAGAUUAGACCAUCUGAUAGUCAAGCCACCAGUUUAUGUUGCAUUCAAAGUUGGUGAAAUUCAUUCGUUAGUCAAGUUGGAAAAGUCUGGUACCACAGUGAGUGAAAUUCUCAAUGUCCAGGGUCGCAUUUUAAAGUUCUCCACUGAAAGAUUACUUGUUACCACCUACAACGGGCAUGUAAUUAUCACACCCAUCAGAGCCAUUGAUAUAAACAACAAUUUUAAAGUAAACGUAAUUGUGUCGGAACAUCGAGGAAUCUCCAAAGUAUCGUACAUUUAUAACCCGGAGUCUUCCGUUGUAACCGGCAGCAAUGUUGCCUUCAAGAGGGUGAAGAUCAUUCCCAAUGGAGAUUUCAACUAUGGUUCGUUUGAGCAGGUGACGAACUUUAGUGACAGAUCUCGAACAAUAAACGUGCUUGACUCGAAAAACAAGACUGUUGUGAAGGAUUAUAAAGGAACGGAAAGUGAGAGAGACAAACCUAAGCCUGAAAAUGGAACUUUUCUACUUUACGAUAAGUAUGGGAGAAAUGUCAUUUCUAACUUUAAACCUUAUGCAAUAGAUUCACAGCAAGUAGAUUUUAUUGGCUUUGAAUGGUAUGAGAAUUUAAAAUCACUUAAAUGGAACAUUGAUGAAGGCAAAAUUCAGAGAAAUAAAUUUUCAGGAACUGGCAAGAGUUUUUACAAAUUAGAUUCAAAAGAUCUUCAAGGGAGUUAUACUUUAAAGGAUUUUCAACAAACCCAUAUUAUCAGCUCAUGGAUUCGUAUAGGAAAAGGCCUGCAAAUCAAUUCCGAAACAGAUAUCCUCACAGUAACGGUUGGAAGCAAGCCUAUAAAAGCUCAUGUCAGAGAUCAAAUCAACGACUGGUUCCACAUUGAAGUGUUGAUUAGUCCUGAUAACAGCGCAAAAUCAAAUCAAAAGAUCGUAAUAACUUUCAAGAAAGGCUCUCACUCCUACGUUGACAUCGAUCACGUUCGACUUUCCCCGCUAGACUUUAGCUUCCGGGCGAUUAUCUUCGACGAGUUCCGUAACAACCCAAUAGCGGUCCUCAGACAUAACGGACGUACAGUUCAGUAUCUGUACGAUAGCUACGGGCGCAAGAUUGGGGAAGUUGAUGAAAGGGGAAGCGUGACUAAGCUGGUGAUCUAUUCUAAACAACCUGCGCAGAAUGAUGUUUCGUCGAUCGUCAACCUGCAACCUGUUUCCGGGUUUGUAGAGAGUAUGUCCCCUUACACAGUUGGAUUGAUUUGGGAUUUUGGGAAUAUACAUAACUGGAGAUUCUCUCCCAAACGUGUUAGUGUCGAAUCUGGAUCAGGGUCAAUGAAAUACAAGCAGUCGUUGACAGAUUGCUCCAACAUUGGUAUCCGAUUGAUGAUCAAUCGAGCUCAGGGUGGCACGCUGAAGAUCAAGUUCAGUAGCAGUGAUUCUGGAAUUGAUGUAUACAGUCUGAUGCCCGAAAAUUAUGGAGAGAUAGCUGUCGCGAGGUACAAGAAGUUCUUUUCAGUUUGGAUCGAUGGCCAUUUGAAAAAGGAGGAGUUAAAUCAGUGGAUUCAAUCUAAAGAGCUGCGUAUCGAAGUGUCCGGGAAGGUUGACCUCUUGGAUAUAGUUGUCAUGAAAGACGUGGAUCUCAUGAUCGAAUACAACAAUGCCAAAGGACAACCGGUUCAGCAAAUCAGUGUGGAAGAUGAUGACCACAUUACCAUGCGUGGAUUUGUGUACGAUGCAGUUCAACGAGAAAGUGUUUCAACUGUUUGGACUCGUCGUAAGAUUGAUGAGCUGAGAGGGAAGGUCUUGGAGUACAAGUCUGAUUAUAUUGAGCUCAAAAGUGGUAAAGUAUCCGGAUCUAUAAUAGCUAGCACAAAACCUUUAUACCAAGGCUAUCCAUUCACUAUGACUGCUUAUCUUGAUUGCCCGUUGUCAAUUCGACAAAAAGUGGGCAUUCCAGGAAAGGAAAACAACAUCGAUUCACAACGAGCGGUAACAUACAGCAAGUCAACCGACAACAACUUUCUCAUGGUACUAUUUCCCGCAAUGGACGGGUACCGCUACGAAGAACAACAUCUUCCGAAUGGAGCAAACAACACGCAGGUAUACGACAACCGAGAUCGCAAGGUAGCGGAGUACGUCUCAGUGCCAAAGUACGACAACAUUUUAACCACUUAUCAGUACGAUGAAGCCGGGAACGUGAUUGAAGUAUUACAACCUAACUUCCACCAUGCUGUAGACACUCGUGCAAAAGCUGCCAAGUUUGGUGAGUUCUUGAAUAGAUUAGACGAUGCAGGGAAAUCCUUGCGUACUAAGCAAAGAGAACGCAAGCAGUUUGACUCACCUAAACGAAUAACGCUGAAACAAACUCCUGAUGCUGGGUUGUACAGAUUUCUAUAUGAUAACUUCCGUCAUUUACGGUUUGUGGUUCAUUACAAAACUGAAGAUAACAUUGACAAGGUAUUUUUCCACAAAUACACAUCCAGUGGUGAAAUGUUUGAGUUUGGAGUGUUGGACAACGAAAGGAAUCUAGAACAGUUGAAAAAGUACGCAAACGAUGCCGCUUAUCCUCGAGUCAAAACUAACUACAUCCGAUUUGAUUAUGGUAACAUUGACGUGAAUUCAAUGUACCGUAACAGGAAGCAGUCAUCCCUGAAGGUGGAUAACACUGGAAGCAUUACUGAAACAUUGUACUUUAAUGGUGAUGGUAAUGUUCUGCUAAAAUCGUACGUCAAUCCUUUGAAUGCCAACAGGACCAUUGAUGUUUCAUUUGGUUAUGAACGGAACAAUGUUAAAGAAAUCGUAUACCCAGCAAAGUUUGAAGGUUCAAAUUUGGUAGUUAGCUACACUUACAACUUCAAAGGACAGGUGAUAGCUAUUGGAACGCGAGCCAAACCACGAUACUUUGCAGAGAUUAAGCAAAACCCGUUCGGGAAGGUAGAAGAAAUUUGGUACACACCAAAGGAUAAACACAAUUUCACCGUGAGAUUACGGUAUAACGCAGCGGGAAAUAUGGUCAGCAUGGACAGUAAAUUCUUGAAGGAAGAUUUGGAUUACGAAGCUGGCAAGGGAUACAAUGCCAACAAUGCAGGAGAUGGAUCCAUUCUUCGCACGACUUUUGAGGCAAAGUGGCAUGACAAGUGUAACCGUAAGCUGCUUGGAAUCUCGAUUAGUGAGCUGAUUAAGAGUGAAUUGAAGUUCAGCGUUGCCAGCAAAUGUAUUGAUGAGCUCAGGAAGAAAGGAUAUGUUGAUGAAGCUUCAAGUCCAUUCAAAACGAUGCGUAAAGAGAUAGCAGGAGAUCCUUGCUUAAGUGGUUCAACAUUCCGAAAAUUGUCCUCCAUUCUAAUCGGGAAAGCAUUCCCAAGGAAGUAUGGCCACGCUUAUGAUUACGGAAGUCAUGGGGAAAUGACGGUUGCAAAGUAUUUUGCGGGUAGUGAGGAUCCGGCCGUGAAUAUUCUGGGCAAUAGAAUGACCAUGAUCGCUGACGCUUGUCCAGGUGACGUCGAGUCGUUCGACAUUGAUCCGAACGGUAAUCACAAACUUCUUUACACAGGGAAUGUACGACACAAGUUAACCUAUAAAAAACAUACGAAUCAAAUCGAAACAGUACAGCUGGGAGUUAACGGAAAAGCGUUUACUUUUGAACACAACUCCGAGGGGAACGUGAUUAGCGCGGAGUACAAGAACAUUAUUAGUCUGGAGUACGACCAUGUUGUGGAUCGAGUUUCGAAGAUUAAAAUGAAGGAUGGAACUACAAUUGAUCUCGGUUAUGAUAUAAGGGGUGAACGGACGUUUAAGAAGGUAACGACUCCAUCAGGUAAGAUAACCGAAACGUAUUACAUACGGGAUAUGAAAGCACGUUGCUUGAUGGACAUGAGGCUUGUGUAUCAAGAUCGAAGCAUGAAGAAACCACUGAUCACGUUGACUACGUACAUCCAUGGUCCAUUGGGAUUGUUGGGAUUCAUCAGGAAUAACGUAUUCUACAGUGUUAUCGCUGAUCAUGAGGGUUCUACCCGGUUGGUCGUGAAGAAUGGUGAAGUGGUAGCUGCGUAUGAUUACCUCCCGUACGGUGGACGAAUGCGGUUCUACAACUCCGAUCCGGAUGGUUAUGUUGCAUAUCAGUACACGGGGCAGGAGUUUGACGAGGAGACGGGUCUGUACAACUACCACGCGAGGUUGUACGAUCCGGAACUGGGCAGGUUCUAUCAGACGGAUCCCAAAGAGGAGUAUCCGAGUCCGUAUAAGUACGCAGGGAAUUCGCCAGUAAUGAUGACCGAUCCAGACGGUGAGCUGGCUUUAACUGUUGUAUGCGUUAUAACGGCUAUCGUUGGAGCCUAUUUGGCGGCAUCGGCAAGCAGUAAUAGCUGGGAUCCUAUCAAAUGGAAUUGGAAAUCUGGUCAGCUGUGGUUGGCUAUGAUUGGAGGUACGUUCGCUGGAGCUAUGCUUCCCAUUGGAGCUGUAGAAACGUUUUCAAUAUUCGCCUCAAUCGGUGGCACUUUGUUUGCUUCAGCAGCUACGGCUUCACUGAUGAUGGCAGGAACAUAUCUGGGAAUGGCCGGGGCAUCGAAUGACUUCAAUCCGGCAAACUGGGAUUUAUCGAGUCCAGCUCUGUACAGUGGAAUGUUGAACGGAGCUUCGCUGGCGAUUAACAUUCCUUCUGGCGCUGUUGGUAUUACACGAGCGAUAUCCACCGUUUCGACUUCAAAAACCGUAUAUGCAACGGCAAUUUUCGGAACUUCACUUCUUUUCGGGUACGGUUCAGCGUUCCUUGAAAACGAUAUGACGUGGAAUCCUGCUCAGUGGGAUUGGAACGCUCAAACUGUGUUUGCACUGUUCGAAGGCGCAUCGUUUGUCUUUAUGGAAACGGGAGCCUUUAUCAAACGUGGUCCUCAGAAAGCCCUGUUUAAUCACAGAUACCCCGGUAUUUCGACCGCCCCAUCCAAACGGUGGGUGAAAAGGUUCGAGCAGAGUGAAUGUCAAUAUGAAGUGAUUCAAAAUGGGCUUCAAGAUGAGAUGUGUAAGAUUCGUUGGAGGCAAAUCCUGACCGGUUCUACGGAUUCGAUCAGUCCCGCGAUUCCACCACCUGGACUGACCAAGCAGUUCAUUGCUGGUUUGCCGGAGGUUAAAGAACUCAGUGCUACGGUAGUUAUUCCGGACGUAAUGCUAAAAGAAGAAUAUUCCAUGUAUAAAGUGUACUUUUCGAAUCUCGAAACGAUUCCAUUGAAUGCAACAAUGGGAAGUAAAUUUAAUCGUCGUGUGAAGAGAUUUAGUUCUGCAACUUCAGGUGGAGCCAGUUUGUUUGAUAACAUAAAAAGAUUGUUCCAGUUUAGAGCAGAUUUCUUACAAAACGACAAGGUAACCACGGAACAUCCAUCAACCGAUGUCAUAGAACAUGUCAAAAGACCAACCCCAACACGAAUCAAGCUUCAUUCCCUUACCAACUGCAUCGCAAUGAAUCCGGAUCGUUCGUUCUACGAGUGCUUCCAAUCAACCGCGAAGGUGCUUCUUUUCGCCCAGAACCCAUCACUGGAGCCCGGAAGUGGUCCCACGCGCAUAGACCGUUGUGUUCCGUUGCAUUGGCACGGACAACCGUCGGUGGGCUGUCAAGGGCAGCAGUUUGGCUUCAUCUACACGCCGUACGAAGCGACCAAGAUGUUCAGCUUCCUCGACGGAUGGUUGAUGUUGGCACGUGUCGGGCUGCAGGUGGUUGAAAAUUGGAGAAAGAUUGAGGAAAAGAUGGAACGGGUUUGUUGGGAUGACGAAGACGUUGGAAAAUUUGAUGGACAAUUGGGUGAAAUAGAAGAUAUUUUGAAUCGAAAUAAGACGGGACCUUUCAAAUGGGCCAAAUUUCAACUAGAAGAUAUGCGAACUGAUUUGAAGGAGUUCAAGUCUAGAAGGAACAUAACGGGUUUGUCGAAAAAGGUAUUCGAGGAAAAGUUGGCUGCUCUAAGGGAUGAUUUGUUAGAGGAAAUAAAAUAUGAUGCAGAUAGAAUACAUUUGUAAACUUUUAGGUGUUAGUUAGUACUUUUAUUGAAUAAUUGGUUAUUUAUUGCUGCGUUUACUGAAUUAUUAAAUAAAAAUGUCAAGCGUAGAAAUUGUUUAGUUUUUAUUCGUGUUUUGUUUUGUGAAAUAA